AUAUCUAGGAAGGACCGGAGCGACAGAAUGUGUGUCUCAGGGCUGUCCCCUGCAUGGAGGAUGCAUGACUGCACGACUGGUUCUCUCCUCCCUGGCGCGACCACUCCGGUGCUCCCAGCCUCCACGCUCUACAGCGCACUCGCAGCUCCCUAGCGACACCAGCCAUCAAGCUAGGGGGUGGAGAGAGUAGGGGUGCACGAGUGGGAGGCUUCUCCCUCCGGAGCCUGGGAGAUCCCUGCCGCCAGCAGGGGCCGUGCCACCGCCCUCGCGGGGACCCGAGCUUCGAUCCAGCGCCUUCCCAACUUCUUGGUGCCCUCAGACCAAGGCGGUAGGAAUGGAUCUGUCACCUCGCAACCGGCCACUGCUGGACUCCUCGUCGCUGGACAGCGGAUCCCUGACCUCGCUAGACUCAAGCGUCUUCUGCAGCGAGGGUGAAGGGGAACCCUUGGCUCUGGGGGACUGCUUCACGGUCAACGUGGGCGGCAGCCGCUUCGUGCUUUCGCAGCAGGCUCUGUCCUGCUUCCCCCACACGCGCCUGGGCAAGCUGGCUGUGGUGGUGGCCUCCUACCGCCGCCUGGGUGCCCUAGCUGCCGCCCCCAGCCCCCUGGAGCUUUGUGAUGAUGCUAAUCCGGUGGACAACGAGUACUUCUUUGAUCGCAGCUCUCAGGCAUUCCGCUAUGUCCUGCACUACUACCGCACUGGCCGUCUGCACGUCAUGGAGCAGCUAUGUGCUCUCUCUUUUCUUCAGGAGAUCCAGUACUGGGGCAUCGAUGAACUCAGUAUCGACUCCUGCUGCAGGGACAGAUACUUCAGAAGAAAGGAGCUGAGUGAAACACUUGACUUUAAGAAGGACACAGACGACCAGGAAAGCCAACAUGAGAGUGAACAGGACUUCUCACAGGGACCAUGUCCCACCAUCCGUCAAAAGCUCUGGGACAUCCUGGAGAAACCUGGGUCUUCCACAGCAGCCCGGAUCUUCGGAGUGAUCUCCAUCAUUUUUGUGGCAGUGUCCAUUGUCAACAUGGCCUUGAUGUCAGCUGAGUUAAGCUGGCUCAACCUACAGCUGCUGGAGAUCUUGGAGUAUGUGUGCAUCAGCUGGUUCACCGGGGAAUUCAUUCUACGCUUCCUUUGCGUGAAGGACAGGUGUGGCUUCCUGAGGAAGGUGCCAAAUAUCAUAGACCUCCUUGCCAUCUUACCCUUCUACAUAACUCUUCUGGUGGAAAGCCUGAGUGGCAGCCACACCACACAGGAGCUGGAAAACGUGGGGCGCCUGGUCCAGGUCUUGAGGCUCCUCAGGGCUCUGCGCAUGCUAAAGCUGGGAAGGCAUUCUACAGGACUGCGCUCUCUUGGGAUGACAAUCACCCAGUGCUAUGAAGAAGUUGGCCUACUGCUCCUGUUUCUGUCUGUGGGGAUUUCUAUCUUUUCAACAAUAGAAUACUUUGCAGAGCAAAGCAUUCCCGACACAACCUUCACAAGUGUUCCUUGUGCAUGGUGGUGGGCCACAACAUCCAUGACGACAGUAGGAUAUGGGGACAUUAGACCAGACACCACCACAGGCAAAAUUGUGGCCUUCAUGUGUAUCCUAUCAGGAAUCCUUGUCUUAGCCUUGCCUAUUGCCAUUAUUAAUGAUCGCUUCUCUGCUUGCUACUUUACCUUGAAACUCAAGGAAGCAGCUGUGAGACAGCGUGAAGCUCUCAAGAAGCUUACCAAGAAUAUAGCCACUGACUCAUACAUUAGUGUUAACUUGAGAGAUGUCUAUGCCCGGAGCAUCAUGGAGAUGCUUCGCUUAAAAGGCAGGGAGAGAGCAAGUACUAGAAGCAGUGGUGGCGAUGAUUUCUGGUUUUAAGUUUACCUUCAGCUCAUUUACAAAACCUAUGUACAUUUGACUGGAUUGAUGAAGCCUUGCUACUAUGGAUAUCUGUAUAUUGAUGAUGAGUUUCCUUAACACUUCUCAUCUUCUUUCUGCUGUAUCGAUUACCAGGAAUAUUUAACAUCUCCUGUAUAGCAACUCCUGAUUAUUUUGACACACAUGUCUUCAACAUAGCCAGUUAAUACAAACAAAAUCAAUUGGGAAAAGAAACAUAACUCAAUUUUCAAAUAUGAAUUAAUAUAAUUU